UCUUGUCUUUAGUCACAAAUGGGUAUUUAGGUCUUUCACAGGUCUUUGAAAUGAAUAUGUGGAAGUGUUGCAAACUUUGACUUAGGUUGGAACUGAGGUUGCUGGUCAGGAUGUGGAAAUCUGGGUCUGAUUGAGGUUGGGUUAUCACACAUUUGUACAUUUCGAAGCGAGUGAUUGCUGUUUUUAAUUGGGAUAGACAUGUGAGAUCGUUGAUUAUAACUUUGCAUUUUGAUAAUGAUGGUUUGCACUUCUUUUUACACGAUAAGACGAUUUUGCAAAAAUUCUUGUGAGAGAUGUCAAAAUUUGAUACAUCAAAUAUUUUAGUUGUUGUAUUGAGGGCUUUAAAGAUAGUUUUUGCAUAAAAAUGAAACUGUACAGAGCUUUGCUGCUGUUUUGCAAAUUGUCCUUGUCAAGGAAUUGGAUUCAUUACAUUUUGGAUGAGAUCAUUGAUAUCCUUGCAUCUUCUGAAAUUUUUUUGAGCAUGAAGCUCUCCAUAUCAUAAACUCUCAUUCUAGCUCGAGCAAGCUUUUUAAGUGAUGCUCAAUUUAAGGACCCUUUCAUAUUUAGCCGUAAUCAUCCUUCCUUUUUAUUUUCUAGUAUCUAUUAGAAUGAAGUUAUUUAUAAAGGAAUCCAUUAUUUCAGACCCAAAGUCCCUCAGAUUAUCUUGAACAAUAUUUUCCUUUAUUGAGACUUUAUCCAGAACUUUAAUUUUCCCUCUUCAAACUAUAGACCCCAUA